AUGCCAUCCACUCGCCAGCGUAACACUGUCCUCGCGGCCGCUGCUACCGCCUCUGCCGGUGCGUUGACUUUCGUGGCGCCGCCUAGCACCGGGAACGCGGCACGCGUGGAGCCAGGUGUGGCAUCCAGCCAUGCUGCUGCUGCCCAGCCCCAGACCUCCAUGGGCGCUACCACGGUGGGCGCUGCGCUGCUGGCUGCAGGUUGCGCUGCGCGGAUGACGCCCAAGGGAAAGGGACAGCGAAAGGCGGUGAAGCUUGCGGCAGUGAGCACCGACACCGAUGUGGAAACCGACUGCAUCAACUCCAUUCGCUUUUUGGCGGUAGAUGCGGUGAACAAGGCCAACUCGGGCCACCCCGGCGCACCCAUGGGGCAGGCACCGAUCGGCUACCUCCUGUUCGCGGAAGAGAUGGCGUACAACCCCAAGGACCCUUCCUGGUGCAAUCGUGACCGCUUUGUGCUCUCGUCGGGCCACGGCUGUAUGCUGCAGUACUCCCUGCUGCACCUCGCCGGAUACGACAGCGUGGCGAUGGAUGACCUGAAGCAGUUCAGGCAGUGGGGCUCCAAGACCCCCGGCCACCCGGAGAACUUCGAGACGGAUGGCAUUGAGGUCACCACUGGCCCGCUUGGUAUGGGCAUCUCCAAUGCUGUUGGCCUGGCUGCCGCAGAGGCUCACAUGGCGGCCACGUACAACAAGCCGGACUUCACUCUCAUCGACCACUACACCUACACCAUUGCGGGCGACGGCUGCAUGCAGGAAGGCAUCUCCCACGAAGCCUGCGCCUACGCCGGCCACCUCGGGCUGGGCAAGCUCAUUGCUUUCUAUGACGACAACGGCAUCACCAUCGAUGGCCACACGGACCUUUCCUUCACCGAGGACGUCGGCAAGCGAUUCGAGGCCUACGGCUGGCAGGUCAUCACCGUGAGUGACGGCGACAAGGAUGUCGGUGCCAUCCGCAAGGCCAUCGCCGAGGCAAAGGCCUGCACUGACAAGCCCACCCUCAUCAAGGUGAAGACCACAAUCGGCUUCGGCUCUCCCAACAAGGCCGACAGCCACGAUGCCCACGGUGCCCCGUUGGGUGCGGACGAGGCCGAGGCUACUCGCAAGCAGUUGGGUUGGGGCUAUGGCGAGUUCGAGGUCCCAGAGCACGUCUAUGCCGCUUUCAAGAAGCAGGCCGAUGCGGGCUCUGCAAAGCAGGCGGAGUGGGACAAGAUGUUCGCUGCCUACAAGGAGAAGGAGCCUGAGCUUGCUGCACAGUUUGAGCGUGCAGUACUCAAGAGGACACUGCCCGACAACUGGGAUGAGUGUCUCCCCAAGCUGACUACGGAAGACAACGGCAAGGCCACCCGUUUGCACUCCCAGGACUGCCUCAAUGCCAUCGCCCCGGUCCUGCCGGAGUUCAUGGGUGGCUCUGCCGACCUGGCGCCUUCCAACAUGACACUGAUGAAGUGCACUGGCGACUUCCUGAAAGACAGCUACUCCGAGAGGAACUUCCGCUUCGGCAUCCGUGAGUUCGGCAUGGGUGCCGUCUGCAAUGCCUUGUCUCUGGACAAGACAGGCAUCAUUCCUUACUGCGCCACCUUCACCAUCUUCACCGACUACAUGCGCUCUGCCAUCCGUAUUGCGGCCCUCUCCCAAGCUGGCACCAUCUUCGUUACCACCCACGACUCGAUUGCUGUGGGCGAGGACGGUCCAACACACCAGCCGAUCGAGACCAUCCCAUCUCUGCGCCUGAUUCCUGAUCUGACAGUGAUGCGACCGGCGGAUGGCAAUGAGACAGCCGGUGCCUACAAGUAUGCUGUGGAGCGCUCCAAGAACGAGUCCAGGCCUACCAUGAUGGCCUUUUCGCGGCAGGCUCUGCCGAACCUCCCCAACUCUUCCAUCGAGAACACCCUCAAGGGUGCUUACGAGGUGCUCGAGUGCGAGGACCCGGAAGUCAUCAUUGUCGGCACGGGCUCUGAGGUCCACGUUUGCCUCGAAGCAGGCAAAUCCAUGGAUGCGAAGGUCCGGGUGGUCUCCAUGCCCUCGGUAGAAGUCUUCCGCGCGCAGCCAGACAGCUACAAGGAGUCCAUCCUGCCCAAGGGUGUCCCCACCCUGAGCGUGGAGGCCGCGGUCACAUCCGGCUGGGGCGAGUUCUCCACGGCCCAGGUGGGCAUUAAUGUCUUCGGUGCCUCCGCGCCGGGUGGCACCUGUCUGGAGAAGUUCGGCUUCACCGCACCUUGGCCGUAUCGACGGCGCUUAGGUUCCCAAGAUUUUGCAUGUGGGUUCAAUGUUGCUGCCUCCAGGGCUCUGCAGACUGUUUUGUAUAAGCAGGCAGCGAGGCGUCGGUCCAGGCAAAAAGCUUCACGUGCGUGCGCUGCAGCAUGGUUUGUGGGUGUGCUUGAGUACGGAAGGGACACCUUUGCACGUGCCUGCAAUUCUUUUGUGUUCCGUCGGUAG